AUGUCAAUGAAGAAUAUAACUUUAUCCUCUGACUUUAUCCUCCUGGGGCUUCUGGUGAACAAUAAAGCUACAGGGAUUGUCUUUGCUAUUAUUUUUGCUAUUUUUGUGGUGGCUGUAACUGCAAAUUUGGUCAUGAUAUUCUUGAUUCAGGUGGACUCCCAUCUCCAUACUCCUAUGUAUUUCCUGCUUAGUCAGCUGUCCAUCAUGGACACCCUUUUCAUUUGUACAACUGUCCCAAAACUUCUGGUCGACAUGGUUUCUAAAGAGAAGACCAUUUCCUUUGUAGGUUGUGGCAUCCAGAUCUUCCUCUACUUGACCAUGAUUGGCUCAGAGUUCUUCCUCUUGGGCCUCAUGGCCUAUGACCGCUAUGUGGCUGUCUGUAACCCUCUUAGGUAUCCAGUCCUGAUGAACCGCAGGUGUCUCCUGCUGGCUGCUGGUGCCUGGUUUGGUGGGUCCCUGGAUAGCUUUCUGCUCACCCCCAUCACCAUGAAUGUCCCCUACUGUGGCUCCCGAAGUAUCAACCAUUUUUUCUGUGAGAUCCCUGCAGUUCUCAGACUAGCCUGUGCUGACACAUCCUUGUAUGAAACCCUAAUGUACAUCUGUUGUGUACUUAUGUUGCUCAUCCCUAUCUCUAUCAUCUCAACCUCCUAUUCUCUCAUCUUGUUAACUGUCCACCGAAUGCACUCUGCUGAAGGCCGGAAGAAAGCCUUUACCACUUGUUCUUCCCACUUGACUGUAGUCAGCAUUUUCUAUGGGGCUGCCUUCUACAUUUAUGUUCUGCCCCAGUCUUUUCACACUCCUGAGCAGGACAAGGUAGUGUCAGCCUUCUAUACCAUUGUCACACCCAUGCUCAAUCCUCUUAUCUACAGUCUCAGAAACAAGGAUGUCAUGGGAGCAUUUAAAAAGGUAUUUUCACAAUACUCAUCUACUCAAAAAGUAUCCACAAGUGAUGCUUAA